AUGCAAUCUCAAUCUAACUCACCCAUCAAACCAAUGAAUUCCCUCACUCAAAUCUUCCAAAACAUUUUCUCAGAAAACAGCAACAUCAUGCUUGCUGCUAUCAUUUCUUUACUACUAGUCAUUCUCUUUGUUCUUCUUCUUCAUCUUUAUGCCAAAUGGUUCCUAGCUCAAGCACAUUCUCAAGCACAAGCUCGCCGCCGCCGUCGCCGGAGAACAACUGUAACCGUCUCUGAUGUCCUUGGCCCUGCUAGGUUCCAUCACUUCCAUACCUUCAACAUUGAAGACUCACCUCUCUCUAGCUCACACACCAAAGGUCUUGACUCUUCCAUCAUUGCUUCAAUUCCUUUGUUUGUUUACACACAAGAGAAUGAAAGUGAACAAGAAGAAAAACUCGAGUGCGUGAUUUGUUUGAGUGGUUUUGAAAACGGUGAAAUGGGAAGAGCUUCAAUUGUUGCUUUAGAGAAUGGUGAUUCUUCUGGUGUUGUUGAUGAUUCUUGUUCUGUUGAAAUUGUAAUUGAGGAAAGUUCUAGUUCAGAGAUGAGAGAGAGUGAACAAGGGAAUGAUAACGAUGAUGGAAUUGGAAGGAAUCUAUAA